UAUAACCCUACUAGAAUAAGAAACAAUUAUGUUGUAUUAUAUUCGUUAUACUCGUUUUAUCAUAAAUGUAUUUAAUACUGUAACAUUAAGCUUAUGCGAACCAAAGCAGUAUUGUCAAUUUCUCAGAAGACAUAAUAGUUGCGUUAAGGUCAUGAAUGUCCUUAAUGUUGCGGAGAAAAAUGAUGCCGCAAAAAAUAUCGCGAGUUAUUUAUCACGUGGUACUUCUAAACGGAGAGAAGGUUUGUCCCCAUAUAAUAAAAUUUUUGAAUUCAGCUCAUAUUUGUGGAAUCAGAAUUGUAAUAUGAUCAUGACUUCUGUCUCUGGUCAUUUGUUGAGCCAUGAAUUUGUUGGGAUAUAUCGUACUUGGAGAGGUUGUCAUCCGUUAAGUUUAUUUGAUGCACCCAUAGUAAAAUCUUGCCAAGAAGAGAAUUCUAUCAAGAUUAAAAAUACUUUGGAAAGGGAGGUAAAGAAGUGCAAUGCGCUAAUUAUUUGGACAGAUUGUGAUCGUGAAGGAGAAAAUAUAGGUUUUGAGAUUAUUCAAGUGUGUCAAGCAGUUAAACCCAACAUUCCUAUAUAUAGGGCAAAAUUUUCUGAAAUCACACAAAUAUCGGUAAAUAGAGCACUCCAGAAUCUCUGUGAACCAAACAAAGCAGUCAGUGAUGCUGUUGAAGUACGAAGUCAAUUAGAUUUAAGAAUAGGUGCUGCAUUUACAAGAUUUCAAACACUGAGACUUCAAAAAGUAUUUCCCAGAACUCUUACUGAUAUGCUGAUUAGUUAUGGUAGUUGUCAAUUUCCUACAUUAGGAUUUGUAGUUGAAAGAUAUUUAGCUGUAGAAAGAUUUAAGCGAGAGCCUUAUUGGAAAAUAAAAGUAACGGAUAUUCGUGAUAAUAUUUCUGUGAAAUUUAGAUGGGCAAGAGGAAGAUUAUUUGAAAAAUUGCCCUGCGAGGUUUUUUUUGACAUCUGUUUAGAACAGCCUAAUGCCACUGUACAAAAAGUGUUAAGUAAGCCUAAGAGUAAGUGGAGGCCGCUGCCAUUGGAUACAGUUGAAUUGGAAAAACAAGGCUCUCGCAAACUUCACUUAAGCGCGAAAGAAACUAUGAGAAUCGCGGAAAAGUUAUAUUCCCAGGGUCUUAUCAGUUAUCCGCGUACAGAAACGAAUAUAUUUCCGAAAGAAUUAAACUUGACUCCGUUGGUGAAUCAACAAGUGGAUAAUCCAGCUUGGGGUAAUUUUGCACAACAGUUGUUAGAAAAGGGUUUGAACGCUAGGGCAGGGAAGAAAAGUGACGAAGCUCAUCCUCCUAUACAUCCAACAAAAUAUACCAAUAACUUGCAAGGUGGUGAAGCUAAAGUUUAUGAAUUUGUGGUGCGACACUUUUUGGCUUGUUUGUCGAGUGACGCGAUAGGCCAUGAAACAACGGUAGAGAUCGACAUAGCUGGAGAAAAAUUUAUUACCAAUGGUUUACAAAUUAUUGAAAAAAAUUAUCUGCACGUAUACAUAUAUGAGAAAUGGAGUGAUAAAGAAAUUCACGUGUAUCAAGAAGGGCAGAUUUUCGAACCAACCAGUAUAGAUAUGGUUCAGGAGGAAACGUGCCCGCCAACAUUACUAACUGAAGCUGACUUGAUUGGUUUGAUGGAUAAGUACGGUAUCGGUACAGAUGCUACUCACGCGGAACAUAUAGACACGAUAAAAUCGCGUCAGUAUGUGGGUUUGACGGAUGGAAAAUAUUUGAUACCUGGCAAACUUGGGAUCGGAUUGGUAAUGGGAUACGAUAAUAUGGGAUUUCAAAUGUCGAAACCACACUUAAGGGCUGAUUUGGAAAAGGAUCUUAAAUUGAUAUGCGAUCUGCAAAAGAUUCCAAACGAUGUUUUAGAAAUUCAGAUAAAUAAAUAUCGCGAUGUGUUUAAAAAAGCGUUAGAACGUGCUAAUUUAAUCGACAACGCUUUAGCUGAUUACCUCGGUGAGCGACCAAGUGAAACAGAAGAAGUGGAAAUUAGUAAUCCGCCUGAAGAAAUUGUUGUAUUUAAGUGUCCAAAAUGUGGCUUAGGCAUGACUCUUAAAGAGAGAAAGCAAGGCGCGGGAAAGUAUAUUGGUUGCAUGGGAUAUCCAGCAUGUACGAACGCAAUUUGGUUCCCUCAAAUCAUCGAAUCUGUGGAAAUUUUGGAUGAAGUUUGUUCACAAUGUCCGGGAAAUGUGCGUAAAUUGAAGUUCAAAUUACCAAGAAACGCGUUCCCUAUUUAUGGUACUAGUUACACGACUUGCAUAGGUGGUUGUGAUUCUAUGUUUAACGAAUUGUUGAAUGUAAAGAGUGAAAGUAUUAAAAGUCAAAGUGGAAGAAGCGAUAGCGGGUAUCGUAGUAUGUUGGACGGGACGACAUCGACUGCCGUUUUAAAUCCACCUCUAAUAAAGAACAACGAUGCUCCUCGUCCGUCGUCAGACGUUAGAAGUACUGUACCUGUAGGGGUUGUUCGAAAUCCGAAUAGUAAUCGUAAUAAUAGAGGCGGAUCAAGUAAUAAGGGAAAUGCGAAAAGAGGAAAUCAUUUGAAAAACGAUAGAAAUAAUGGUGAAUCUGUGAAUAGUAGUGAAUUAAGAUUGCUAAGAAAUGAAGAGAAUAAUAGAACAUGGGGCAACAUCGAUAACGAUAAUACCAUUACGUGUAAAUGUAACGAAAAUGCAAUUGAAUUAAGAGUAAGGAAAGAAGGGCCGAAUCAUGGAAGAUUAUUUUAUAAAUGUGCAAAACCUCGAGGGAGUGAUUGUGAUUUUUUUCUUUGGGCACCUGAGAAUGCACAUGAAAUACAAAACACCCGUAGAGAUACAAAUCAGACGUUAACUGCAAACACGAGCGCAGGUUCAAGUACUCAUACUAAUUACCACAGAGGUGCAGCUACAGCAUUAAAUAGUGACGUUAAGUGUGAUUGUAACGAAAUGGCAAAACAAAGGAUUGUACAGAAAGAUGGCCCUAACAAAGGACGUUCGUUUUAUUCUUGUCCUAAAAACAUGAACGAGUCUUGCAAGUUCUUCCAAUGGGCAGAUGAAAGCAACGAAAAAAGAAAAGCAUCGAAAGGACAGAAAACUGAGUAUUCGCAAAAGAAGUCUCGAGUUGUUACUGGUAAGAGAAAAUGUGGCAUUUGCGGAAUAGAAGGACAUACAAGAAAGACUUGCCCUGAAAACGCAAUGGAUUGACAAAAAGAAGUGUAUAUAGAAUUAAUAAACUUACAGAGG